AUGGCACUGGAGUCAGACGAGGUAGUGGAGCGCCGGCUCCAGAUCUUGACGAAGAUCAUCGAGUGCUCCGGCAAGCUAUGGACACCAACAUGCUGCACCAUCAACCGCUCUCCAACUGCUCUUUGCUUUGAGGCGCAAGUGCCGGAGAUUCGAAAGGCCAUCGCCAUGCAGCAGAAGAAUCAGCGGCAGGAGGCGAUGGCCAUGCUGUCCCAGUUCAAGCAGGAGCUGGAGCGAAGGCACCAACAGAUCCUAUCAGAGCGUGACCCGCGGCUUCGAAGUGAGCAGAAGCGCAGCGAUGCCAAGGACCCGCGACUGCAGGACAAGAAGCCUCAAGAUCCGAGGGCGGAGGGCAAAGGCCCCGCGCGGCCUCCAGAUCCACGGCGCCAGGCUGAUGCGGAGACUUCCAAGGAGACCGCCGCAGAACCAGCCAAGAAACGUGUGAAAGUGGAGGGAGUGGAGGGUGAUGUCACCACCGUCGUCAGCGACGAUGAGGUGGAAAAGAUUCCCGACGACGAGGACAUGCCCCUGGUCCCAACCAGGCAGUUUUUGCAGGGCAUGCCCUCGCUGGGCUUCUCGGAGGCCUGGCUUCGGCAAUUCAUGUCCCAGAUGCCUCGGAAAGGCGAGGCCAGAGAACGACGGCGGCAGCCAGUCGGACGAAAAAUCCUGGGUGCUGCUGGCGAGCAAAUGGUCUAUGUAGAUGCAAUGUCUCCCGGUGAGAUGUUGCUGCUGAUGCAGUUUGUGUUUAUGCUGGAGGAGAAACUCCGGUCCACUGGCCGCUCUGUAGACCUGGCCCAGCGGGUCUCGCACAGCUUCAGCUACUUGCAGGUGGACCUUGCCGUUGAUGUAAUGCUGAAGUGGGUCUUUGACGGGCUGCCCUUUCAGUGCGGCACGACAGGACUCCGGUUCGCCAAUCGCGAAAAGCUGCGACGGCAGAACGAAAGCCUCAAAAAGCGGAAGGAGCUCAGGCAGAUGAACUCCGAAGCUAGAGGCUGGAUGGAUUCCAUCCCAGACUGGGUCGGCAACCGCGACCUCGUUGUGGGCCCUGCGCUGUUCCGGCUUGGGGGUGAUGUCGGCAAGGCGGCCCCGGUUGAGGCUCCCGCUGCCUUGGACGAGUUACCCGAAGAGCGCUGGGAGGUUCCGUGCGAUGAGCGUCGCUCUGUUUGUCCCAUCAGCGGAGAGCGCUUCGACAGGGUCUGGAGCAGCACGCUGAACGACUGGGCUUUCCUCGAUGCCGUGGCUGCUGAGGCGAGUGCAACGCGGCCGUUGAGGUUCCCACCUGGUGGCCCGCUUGGCCCUCAAGGCCUCUCGGAGACUGCCGUGAUUUUCAAAAAAUCAUGUUUCUCCGAUACUUCUUUGUCGAGGCGCUUGGAAGCUUUGCAUGACUGUGGUGUGCCGGAGAAGCGCGUGCCACGGCCCGGCCCCGGCCCCACCCAGGUCAUGAGCACGGCGACGGCGAAGGAGGACCCAGACCUUUCUUUGCUCACACGGUCGUCGGCUCGGAAGUUUUUCUGA